ACGACGACGGUCAUCGGGCGCCACGAACACACGAUAAGCGGGUACAGCUUGUUGAAGGGAUUGGGCGACGGUGAACCGAUCGCGAGCGAUCGGUUCAUGGUGGGCGGACACGAAUGGGUGCUGUUGUUUUAUCCAGACGGUAAGCGCUCGAUGAGCGAUGGGAACGCGCCGAGCGCGCCGCAAGACGAUCCCGGACAAGGACGCGUCGUGCGGGCGUUUCACAGAUUUACCCUGGUAGAUCAAAGUGGGAACGGGCGACACAUCACGAAAGGGCGACAGCGCGAGCAAGGGGCGGUCAAAAUUUCGUGCGCGAGGCAAGACCCGCAAGCGCGCAACUGUCACGGCUAUCGUAAAUUCGUCCGCAGGUCGGUUUUGGAGGGAUCGGGGACGGGGUAUCUGCUGAACGAUGUCGUCGUGAUACGAUACGAGAUAGAGCUUGUCGUCACCAGCGGUGGGGCGCUGAACAAGAACAUGAAGUUGCUGCCGGCGGCGAGCGUCAACGUGCCCUCGUAUCCGACGAUCGGAAAACACCUCGUUCGAUUACUGCACGACCCGGACUCUGAUUUCGACUGCACCUUCGACGUCGAGGGCGAAAAGUUUAGAGCGCAUAAACUCAUCUUGUCGUCACGCUCGAGCGUGUUCGCCGCCAUGCUCCGCACAGGAGCCGCCAUGCGCGAAGGACGCGAGGGCGUGUGCACGCUUCUCGACAUAAAGCCGAGCGUGUUUCGUUUGUUGUUGCACUUCGUGUACGCAGACGAAAUCCCGCGCGAAGGCUCGGGCGUCAUCAACUUGGACGUUCCAAUGACGCAACACUUGCUCGUCGCCGCGGAUAGAUUUGACUUGAGCAGACUUCGCGCGAUGUGCGAGGCACGUUUGUGCGAAUCCGUGGACGUUGACACCGUAGCGAACACUCUCAUGCUCGCCGAGUUGAACCACGCCGACGCGCUCAAGCGCGCGUGCAUGAGCUUCAUCGCCGCCAACCUGAGCGACGUCAUGUCGACGGAGGGCUACGAAGCUAUGAACAUUUCAUGUCCGCACUUGGCUGGCGAAAUAUUAAGCUCUGUCGCAGAAAUG